AUGAACGAAGAAGGUAUCAAACGAAACUCUACAGAUCAAAGAGCCUCUCUUCCCGGAGAGCCUAAAUGUAUCAUCUGCAGUCGUUACGGUGAGUACAUUUGCGACGAGACCAACGAUGACAUCUGCAGCCUCCAGUGUAAGCAAACACUAUUGACAAACGCUACUAGAGUGGCGGCGAUUCCUGCUAAAGAUGAGUGCUUCUACGUUAGAGAGCCAGGAGGAGGAUCUUCUUUUUCCUCCACCGACGAUGAUGCUCAAUCGCUUAGAAGCAAGCUUGAGAUCCAUGUCCAUUGUGCUGCAUCAAUUCCUCCUCCUGCUUUAACUUUCACUUCUUGUGGACUUCCUCCGAAGCUUCUCCUCAACCUAGAAACUGCUGGAUAUGACUUCCCUACUCCUAUCCAAAUGCAAGCGAUUCCGGUGGCUUUAACCGGGAAAAGCAUGCUUGCUUCAGCGGAGACUGGCUCAGGGAAGACAGCUUCGUAUCUUGUUCCUAUUGUGACUCGUUGUGCAAGUUACCGCUUUGAGCAUCCUUCAGAGGAGAAGACCCCAUUGGCUAUGGUUUUGGCUCCAACUAGAGAGCUCUGCGUGCAAGUUGAAGAACAAGCGAAGAUCCUCGGAAUGGGAAUGCCGUUCAAGACUGCGCUCGUUGUAGGUGGUGAUCCCAUGCCUGGACAGCUCUACCGUAUCCAGCAAGGUAUUGAAUUGAUCAUUGGCACUCCAGGUCGGCUCCUGGACCUUCUAACGAAGCACUCUGUCAAGCUAGAUGACGUUUUGAUGUUUGUGGUGGAUGAAGUUGACUGCAUGCUUCAGAGAGGUUUCAGGGAUCAGGUGAUGCAGAUCUUUCAGGCCUUGCCGCAGCCACAGGUGUUGCUGUUCUCUGCGACAGUGUCAAAAGAGGUUGAGAAAGUUGGAGGGAUUCUAGCGAAGGAGAUGGCUUUGAUAUCCAUUGGUGAACCAAACAGACCUAACAAGGCUGUGAAUCAGAUCGUUAUAUGGGUUGAUGCAAAGCGAAAGAAACAGAAGCUCUUUGAGGUACUGAGAAGUCAAAACCAUUUCAAGCCUCCAGCUGUUGUUUACGUGAGUUCGAGAGUUGGAGCAGAUCUUUUGGCGAAUGCUAUAACAGUUGUCACGGGGAUAAAGGCGCUAUCGAUCCAUGGAGAGAAGCCGAUGAAGGAGAGGAGAGAUGUAAUGUGUUCGUUUUUGAGUGGAGAGGUGCCUGUUCUUGUAUCGACUGGAGUUUUAGGCCGAGGGGUUGACCUCUUGGUGGUGAGGCAGGUGAUAGUGUUUGACAUGCCUAAUACGGUGAAGGAGUAUAUACAUGUGAUUGGGAGAGCCUCUAGGAUGGGAGACAAAGGCAAUGCUAUUUUGUUUGUGAAUGAGGACAGUAGAAAUCUGUUUCCUGAUUUGGUUCCGGCUUUGAAAAGCUGUGGAGCAGUCAUACCUAAGGAGCUUAUCAAUUUGACAUCUAGGGAAGUGCACAACAACAACAAGAAGAGGAAGGUUGGAUAUUGA